GCUGGAGGAUCCACGAGUAUCCCGCCCACUCGCCUGAACCCCAGACAAUCGCAUACCGCACCUGGUCUGCCCUUCCCUACUCCCUACCCUCCUUACCACAAGCCUGACUUGCAAUUGUUUCCAACAAUACCUCUUCUCAAGCAUGGCAAAUGCCACACUGGAGCGCAUCGAUUCAGCGCCUCGGUCCAAUCCCUUCUAUAGUGCAAACACGCCAAAAGCCGCCCCCUUCAGCCUCCCAACAUGAACAACCCCGAGUUUCGACAGACCCUUCAACACAUCACUCACAAUCUCGAGACAGCGAACCAGGCAGCUCAAGAGAACAUCUAUACCUUUGCCCAACUCUACAUUGAUCCUUGCCUGUCCGGAGUCAAGUCCUGCAUCUACGACUGCACCGCUCCAUGUUUUCCGAAUAGAGAAGACAACUUGCGCCGGAAAAGAGGGAGGUCGCAGGGCAGGGCCGAAUACAAUUUUGACUUCUAUGAUGCCUGGGAUGACGAUGAAGCACUCGCGGAGGGCUCUACGGCCUGGGGCAAUGAUGAGCUCGACAGUCUGCUGGCCGGGCAAGGGGCGCGAUCAGAUCAGCCGAAACGACCACGAGCAAUGAGUUACGGUUCUCGAGGACGACGGAAGACGACCGUAAUACAAGGAGACUCCGGUCAGGAUCCCACUAUAAUCCCUAGCUCGUCAUAUCUGGGUUUCUUGGAACGAUUGCCUUGGAAGAUUGGCGUACGAAAAUUGCGAUACAAGCCUUCGGCGGCGGACCUACAAGAGAAUCCCGGAGGCAACAGAAUACGAGAUGCCGAAGUUGAGCCUCUGAUUGAAGAACAUGACGAAGACGAUAACACAUGGAAGAAGGGACACGGCCGAACUAGGAGCGACACCAACGCUUCGCGAUCGACCACAAAUUCACUUAGCUCUAGGGGAGAUUUGAUCAUGAGUGACGAGGAGGACGAUGCCGUUCCCAUCGACGACGAAUUUGCCUCCGUCAUGCUAGCUCGCCGAUCCACCAAUCAAGGCUCAACUGAGGAUCACAGCAGCGGCAAGACAAGGACACCCAGUGGAAAACGCCCAGGAGCCUCUCGCAGGUCGACCAGAACAGCGUCUUCCAAAUCCCUGAAGAGCCCUAGCAUGCAAAGCCCCAGGUCAACCUCACAAAGGAGUCUUGCACCCAUGUCACCAACCCCGGUCAGAGAGCAUCCCGUGACGCCUACAAUGCUGGAUCUCAGACGCCAGGAGGAAGAAAUUGCACGGGAGGAAGAGUUGGAAAUCAAGCAGAAACGAGAAGCCGCCCAUCGGCUAGCCGUGCAACGAGGGCUAAGUUCAGGAGAUGUCAAGCAUUCGCCAGAUAAUGAAGCGGAUGUGUCAACAAUGGAGGACGAGGGCACCACUGCUGACCCCCAAAACGGGAUCCAAGAAAGCGACUCGAUACUCUCGGAGCCACAGUCCAGAACUGAAGAGCCUGCAGAGCAAUCCGAACCGACCGCAGCAGAUGGAAACGAUCCGACUUAAUGAGAGGAUAGCAUUACGACGCGCAAAGGACCAUAGCGGGUUGGCAUAUGGGCGGCGGGCUCUCGCGCUUUAGCUGAUUACGACCUAAUGACUGCAGCGGAAUGAAUUUUGUGUAUGUGCUGAGGCGAGAUAUACUCAUACCUAGACUGUACAGCUGUGUAUUAUUAUUGUGAAAUCCUCGCA